AUGCACGAUGAAGGAGAUGAAAAGAUAGGGAUAACAGGGUCAGUACACAAAGGGUCCCAAACUAAUAAUUACCUCUGUUCAAUAGGAUUAAGGCUUCCAUUGGUCAUUGAGAGCUCAUUUAGCUUUAAUUUGGAAGGAAUUCCUGCAGAAGUUAAAGCUCGUUUAGUAGUUUACACUCAGAAUGCCAAGAAAAACAAUCUUUGCGAGAUUGGCAUGGAGACAAUGUCUACCAUUGGAGUCGGUGUAUGUUCGGCAUUCUUGAAAAUAGAAGAUGUCCGUUUGAAAAUACUUCAUCCAAUCUAUGAGAUUGUUUUAAUCGAUAAUCACGGCCAAUUGUUUAUAAGUCCAUCCUACAAUUUAAAUAAAAGAAGGAUCAUUGAAGAGGAUAUUGUCAUUCAAGCCAGAACAAAAAGAGGAUAUGUAGAAUACGUCUCAGUUUCAAUAUCCGCUUUGUCGAGGAAUGGAACUAAGUUAUCAUACUUGGAGAAAAUGAAUUGUGGAUUGAAAAGAAGCCACGUAAUUUAUAUUAAACCAAAAAUAAUCAAACAUAGAGCCACUCAUUCUAAAGCACAUAAAGUUGGAGCAAAGAAUGGUAUUGUUUUAAAGAUUCCAAAGUCAGGAGCGGACCAGGUGUACAAUCCACUGACUCCUAUUAUGGGCAAGCAGACUUACACUGGAAGUGUUGAGGAAAAUUCAAUAACUUGUUUCAUGAAUGUAAAUGGAUUCGAUGGUUUCUUGCGUGAACCGACAUACAAAUUGAUUAAUCCACCAGCAGAAUUUGUGAUACAUGAAAAUGGUGACAUUUGCACUACCAAGAUGCUUGAUUUCGAAAUCAAAUUUAUUUACAAUUUUCAAGUGAAAGUAGCUGUCAAAUCAGUAUCCUCCCAACCUAGUGAUGUCAUAGUAACGGUAAUUAAUAUUAAUGACAAUCCACCAGUUUUUGAGAAGACUAGUUACACUACGGAGGAUGUGGGAAGUGACAUUAUUGUAGGUACCACGGUCUUAACGGUCAAAGCAACUGAUAGAGAUUUAGACGUAGACGGGAAGCCAGGACCCAUUCGAUAUUUUUUAAAAGGAGGUGGAGGUCAGUUUGAAGUGAAGGAAGACAGCGGAGAAGUAAAAGUCAAGUCAUCCUUAGAUUUUGUCAAAAAAUCUCAAUAUACUAUGACAAUCAAGGCCAUUGAUGAAGGUGCACCAAUUUUCGCAGCCUUUACUGAAGUCAAAAUAAGAAUAGCAAACAAAGUCAAUAAGCAUCCUGUUCUCCUAAAAUUAAUUUCUAAACCAGCCCAAUACAAGGAUUCAAAGGCUAAAAGGGAUAUUUUUGGCAAUGAAUUUUUAGGAAAUCCAUUCAUGAGAGGAGAAUCUUGGGCAUUGCAAGAUAAUUCAGAUGGUUUCUCAGGGCGAGAUUUGCCGGCUGGUAACAGCAAUGCUUCCCGUCAAGUACCCCCUCCUGCGCCCAAAAAAGGGAAUGAUAAUAGCCAAACUGAGUUUAAAGUAUCCAUAUCCGAGUCAGUUCCCGUGGGUUACGUGAUCACCCAGGUAGAAGGAAGAGAUCCAGAUCCUGUAGAUGGUUCUGGCAUAGCUUUUUCCCUUAAGGGGGGCGAAUGUGGUUCAUACAGGAAGGAGGAAAAAUGUUUCCUUAUCGACUCAACUACUGGAAAGAUAACUGUAGUCAAACCUCUAAAUUAUCAAGAAGAGAAAAAUUAUUAUUUGUUCGUUCAGGCCAGUGAUAUGGGUCCUAAACCUCUGUUGUCUUAUAUGGGUAUUUUGGUUGCACUUAUUCCCAUUAACAAAUAUGAACCGGAGUUUGUGGGUCUACCACCAAUACUAAAAGUUUCAAGUUUGACCCCAACUGGGAGCAAGAUUUUAGAUAUCAGAGCUAUCGAUAAAGAUAAUAUAAACAGCAAACUUACUUAUCAGCAAAUUACGGGCCCUCAAAAUAACACUGACAAACAGUACGACCCUUCAUCGGCUUCUUUCAGAUACUCACCCGAACUAGGUGGUAUAGUGACCCAUGAUAAAAGGCCAUUAUUACCAGGGGUGAGUGAGGAAAUAACAAUGAAAGCCAUUGACACUGGAACUCCACCUAAGGAAGUAGUUGGAAAAGUCGUGUUGAAAAGUUAUUUUGGGCCGGCAGCUGGAGAAGUUGACAAGGUACUUUCCCAAGCCACUGACACCUCGAUAGCACCUUUGAUAUCGUUGGUAGUUGUUGUUAUUGUCAUCGUAUUUCUUUUGCUAAUUGUUGGAGUAAUUGCUUAUGCAUACAGCACAGGGCAGAAGCCGACACAGGUCAUCAAGAUUCCUCUCAUGUUGGGAGGUUCGGGCCGUAGUAGUGACGAUAAAAAGAAAGCUGGGGGAGGUGGAGGUGGCUUCUUCAGCAAUUUGUUACAGACAUCAAAACCUAUAGAAAUGAAUUUGCAAGCAAAGAUGGAUGAUUAUGAUACUAAUUAUAAGUAUGACUACGAUUAUUCUUAUGGAGAUUAUGGCGAGUACGAUAAUUAUGAUUCGUCUUAUGGUGAUUCUUACAGUAAAGAUUCCUACUACGACUAUGACGAUUCCAAAGAUUCCAAAUCUGGCUAUGACACAAGUACAUAUGGCGGGGAUUAUUCUAGCUACGGAGGAGAAUCCGGCACUUACGAUGCAUAUGGAACCUACGAUGCCUCCUACGGAACUGAAUCUGGGGCAUACGGUACCGAAUCAGCCUAUGGAACUGAAAGCGGAGCUUAUGGAACAGAAAGUGGAACGUAUGGAACUGAAGGAACAUACGGAACCGAGGGGACUUAUGGAACCGAAGGUACUUAUGGAACCGAAGGUACUUAUGGAACCGAAGGUACUUAUGGAACCGAAAGUGGUACUUACGGAACAGGUAGUGCAGCUUAUGGAACAGAAAGCGGGACGUACGGAACAGACAGUGGGGCAAGUGGGACUUACGGGACAGAUAGUGCUGCUUAUGGAACUGAAGGUGGAGCGUAUGGUACUGAAUCUGGAACCUAUGAUGCGUCUAAGACAGCCGGUUCGGAAUAUGGCGCAUCUCAAGAAUACAGUUCAGCUUACACCGAUGAAUCCAAGAAAUAGCUGCGAUUGCCAAAAAAUCUCAUAUCUAUGGUUGUAAUAAUAUUAGUUUUAUGAUAAAAAGAUUCUAAUUAAAUUGUUUUAUUUGAUCAAUU